AUGGCGGGGACCACCGCCAAGGGCUGGGCCUUAGCGUCGUUGCUUGCCGCGCUCCUUGUCGCCUGCGGCGGGCGGGACCUCCUUCAGGACGGCGCGGGAGCGCCGGAGAGCGACGUCCCCGAGAGUCUCUUGGCCGACAGUCUGGGUUUGGAGAUCACGCUGACGACGCCGGGAGACCUGGCGAAGCCGGCGGGCCCGAUCGCGAUCAGCGGCUCGCAGCCCCUGACGGUUGUCUACUCGCGCUCCGUGGUCCCCCUCGGAGCAGGCUUUGAGGAGUUCGGCCUUCCAGCGAAUCGCACGCCGUUCACGUUGAGACCUGCGGUGGAGGGGCGCCUUUGGUGGGUGACGACGUACAUCGCCAGGUUCGACCCCGAGGGCGGAUGGCCCUCCGACCUGGAAGUGGAGUUCCAGCUGAACGAGGAACUGACGACGUUCGACGGCGUGGGCCUGUCCCUCGGUGAUCCCGAGCCGGUGGUCCUGCUGACGGACAGCCUGGAUAUGUCCGUCCGAAAAGUGUCGUCGGAGGAGGCCAAGAGCUUCACCAGCGGCCUGUGGGACGCGUCCGUGGGCCGGGAGGGCGAUAAGCUACCGGAGGUGCCGCCCGACGGGGUGAUCGAGCUGGAGUUCUCGCACGAGGUGGCCCUGGAGCUUCUGGAUGCGAACUUGAAGGUGAAGAGGGUGGGGGGGCAGGAAGCCGGGGCGACGGGGCCCGGCGGCGACUCGCCUGGCCUCAAGGCCGUGGUGCAGCCCUGCGGGAACGCGCCCUCGUCCCCCGAAGACGGCGAGAGCGGCGGAUUGGCGACCGAAGAGACGACGUGCGCGGUCGUCAGAAUCGAUGGCGAGAUCCAGGCGGACACGUUGUACGCGCUGUUCCUGGAGGAGGGCGCCGCUUACACCCGGAGGGAGGGCGCGGGGAGGCUGCGGCAGGCCCGGGAGGUGCGCUUCGCGGGUCUCCGGCCGUUCAGGAUACCCUUUGUGGCGGAGGCGGUGAACAUUAGCUCUCCUGUGCUGGACAUGUGGCUGCCGCAUGGGCUGGAAAGCCCCGAAGAGGCGCUGGAGGUGCUUCGAAGCGGCAUGGUCCUGACGAGCGAGGGCCAGUCCGUGAACUUCACGCUGGAGCUGCCGAACGACGGUACCCUGAGGCUGAACGCGUCCGGGCUGCAGCCUCUGAGUGUGUACCAGCUGUCCAUUCCUGCGGACCUGCCAGUCGUCGACCGGUACGGGCAGCCCCUCUUGCCCUCCGGUAUCGAUUUCGACGGCGCUGCGCCAGAGCCGUUCUUUUUCCCGUUGAUGACCCGUGCGACGCCUCCGCUGGCCUAUUUCGAAAGGGACCACCAAGACUGGACGAAGGAGGUGGUCACCAUUGGCAGGGGCCCAUUUCCAGCUUCUUUCAUUGGUGUGUGUGGCGCCCCGGAGCUUGACAUAUUCAAAAUCGAGGAGGAUGACAUCAACGCCGUGCUUGAUGUUUUGCAACUUCCCACUGGUGGCUCAGUCAAGGAAGCGUUUGGCGAGGCAGACAUGCCUUUUAAGGUUGACGUGCAGGAGUCGGGCUUGGUUGUUGAGGCACCAAGAGUACCUGAGCUUUUCGAGGCAACAGGAUUGCUGCUCCAUGAGACUUGCCGUAGUGGCAUGUACGACAAGCAGGUUAUGGCCGAAACUGACGUUCAGGUGUCCAUCGUUUCCGCGGGAUUGAUUGAUGGGAGCGGAGAAGCGACUGUGUGGGUGACGUCGAUGAGUGAUGGGACCCCUGUGGAGGGCGUGGAGGUACUUGUAUUCUCAACCCCAAGUGGCCAAUCUGACAGGGCGUUGCUUGGAAAUGCAACCACGGAUGCUGAAGGUCUUGCCAUCAUCCCUAUUGAGCAUGAGCGUGUGCUGGUUGUAGUCAAGCGCAAUGGGAAGUACCUGUUCCUCCCACGGGUCAACAUCGAUGAGCAUGCCACAAACCAGACACGGGCAUCUCUUGUUUUGGAUCGGAAGCUGGUGAGACCGGGCGAGACACUGCAUGUGAAGGGCUACGUUAUGGAACAGAAUGGGUCCAGCCUCUCUGCGUCCAGUGUCCGCGCAUCCACUCUGUCAAUCAUACCGCCGUUCAACCAGUCAGAGAGUCUGAAACUGGAGGACGUCAUCGAUGUUCAGGUUGAUGAUCGAUUUGGGACUUUCGAGGUGGACAUUCCCAUCCCAGAGGAUGCACCACUGACAAACUAUCGUGUGGAAUAUGGACCUCCUGGUGGGGCUGCGCCACGGCCCUCUGACGUUUUCAGGGUUGGCGAUCCCAGGCCUCCCACUGUGGAUCUGUCACUCACUGCACCAUUCUGGGCGUCUCCGGAGGCAGGUGUACAAGUCCAAGUGGAGGCUGUCAGCUUCAUUGGGGCUGCUGUAAGCGAUGCAUCGAUGACCCUGAGGUGGGGCGUCUUCGACAGCAAGAAGGAGCCAACACCUGGAAACGAACUGUUGACUGGGGAGCUGGAGUUCACAACAAACGAGACUGGUGUCGCCUCCCCCAUAAUCAGCUUUGAGGAGCUGCCCCCACCAGGGACCAUUCUGGAUGUAACUGUUCAGUGGGUUGGCCCAACAAGGGAAGUGAUUGAAAAGAAGGCUUUUGUCAAGCUGGAGCUUGCAAAUUUGGCGGUGGACAUCGAGAGGACGGUAUCCACAGAUUUUCCUGGCCAGGAGUUUGGUGUGAGGGCAGCCGUAUCCACACUUGAUGGUGUGAAGCUUGAAUCUGCCCAGGGUGUGCCAGUGCUCAAGUCUGUCAGUGUUGGAAGUGAGGCUGUGAGAAAGAGGGAACCAAUAUCGUUGCGGCCAUUGGAUGGAGAGGUGAUGAUCAGAUGCAACUCGUCCGGCUUCGAAACCUGUCGUAUGGUGCUCCCUGGUGUGGGACUCUUUGCGAUCGAAGUUUGCAUUGACAUUGAGGACACGACCCAACAAGUCUGCCAUCGCGACUUCCUUGGCAGAACACAAAAAUCUUGGUUCGAAAGGCCAUUAAUUGCGCAUCCCCCAGUCGGACUGGUGAGAAAAGGAGCAGAAGUUGCGAGGGUUGGGGAGGAAAUCACUUUCUUGUUGGAGAAUCCUUUUGAGAAUGCGCACGCGCUCAUGUCUUGGGGAUCCACUGCUGGGGAGAGGAGGCAGCGCAUUCAGCGGCUGGACAACAAGGCACUUGUGCCCCUCACAUUCGAGGUGGAUGAUGACUGCAGUGGAAAUUGUGGACUGUCAGUUGUGGUUGCUGUUCCCAGACAAGGGAAUUUCAAUGUGAUUGUGCCUGUCAGCAAGCUAUUUGAUGCCACUGCACCCCACACUGUGGAAUUCAGCGAGUCUGUGACGGUUGAACAAGAUCGUAACAUUUCCGUGGCCAUAGCAUUCCCUGGCGCACAAGAUGGUGGCGAGAUCGUGGUGGCUCCGCGCAGCAAGACCAACAUCACCCUGGAGCUGUCCGACUGCCGUGGUCUUGAAGAGCUGCAGGACUGCCCGCCUCUGUCAACAGUUUCAGAGGUGACCAUCAUCGCAGUUGACCAGGCAGUUCUCGAUGUAGUGCCGAUGCCUUUAAAGAGCCUUUCCAGCGAAUUCUUGCUGGAUCUGGCCGCCAGUUUCAACCACGAAUCCACCUCGAAAUUCCUUAUCGCGCCUGGUGCAGUGACGGAACUGCUGGAAGGCUUUACCCGACACCAGGAGCUCGAUCCUUGGUCAGAUCCAGUGAGGGACCUAACUCCUUCUUUCCUGACAACAGACCUUGACAAAUCGGAUGAAAAGUUUCUGGCUAGCAGGGCUAAGUUCAUCACACUGAGGCCUGAAGUGCCAGUGGUGCUGGCAGAUGAUGAAGCUGAUGUGGAGCCAGAGACAACGACACCCAGAGCAGAGGCCCUGGGCGCAGCUGCAGAAGCUGGACCAGGGGAUGUGCGGAUCCAGGCAGAAUUUGUGUCCACACCGUUGUUUGCAACAGUGGUCAGCGACGAGAGCGGCCUGGCAAAUGUGGAGUUUGAGGCACCUGAUAAUUUGGGAACUUUUGUAGUCCGGGGAUAUGCAACAUCAGGAACUGGGCUGUUUGGUAGUGGGGAGGCCAAGCUCAUUGUCCGCAAGGCCUUGUCGUUGACACCAUCAGCUCCUCGCUUUGUUCGGGUCAAUGACAAAUUUGAAGCAGGUGUGAUUGUCACUGUUGUUGGAGGAAAGGAGGGAGAUGAAAUCCGGCUGCAACUGGAUGGAGGCACAAAGGGUGAGGCUGUAGUACUCACAGGAGAAGAUACGAUGAGUGUCAAAUUGGAUUCUGACAACCAGGUUGAAGCACGUUUUGAGUUCACAGCACAGGAGGUGGGCGAAGCGCGCAUUGUGAUCAAUGCAGAGGGCGGAGAUGGGAUCGCAGAUUCUUUGGAGCUGACGAUCCCUGUGAAGGGCCAGCAGGAGCGAGUUGUGCUGGCAACGUCCUUCAGUGUGGCGGCACCUGAGGAUGGGACUGAAAGCUUUCAGCAGUUGCUGGACCUUCCCCAGGCUGUCCCAGGGAGUGGAUCAGUUGGCAUCACAGCAGGGGUGGGCCGACUUGCAACAGUUCUGUCGCUGACAGAUAUGGUGAUUGACACCAACCCAGAACAUGAGUGCCCCAUAUCCGUUGAUUUUGCUUUGGCCUUGUCUGUUAUCCCUGCUGUACUUCAGAAAUACGACCUCACGGGUGCAACAGACUCUGAAGCCUUGGGAUCAGGGCUUGAUGAGUCGGUUUUUUCGUUGGUCCGCAGUUCUGUGGCCAAUUUAUCAUCGGCAGUGGACACUCUGACCAAACUCACAAAUCCAGAAACAGGCCUUCAGCCCUGGCUGCGGUGCUCUUACUCUCAGACCCCUACUGCAACCGAAGAUGUGGACCAAACAAUCAGUAUUGCAAGGAAUGCAGAUGGCAUCUGGCUGGUCGAGCAAGCCGUGCCACUGAUGCUGGCAGCAGGACUGGACACAGAGGCAACACAGCUCGAGGGCCUUGCAGAGUACUGGCGCGACGCCCUUGCCAGAGAAAUCGUUGACAGUGCUCGGGCAGCCAGGAAAGAUGGCAAACGCAUCGAUGUAAGUUUGGUGAUAAGGGCAAGGUGGGCCUUGGGAGCGGCCUGGAGUCCGCCGAAGGGCACAAACGCAAGGGUUGCCAACGACCUGUCCAUGGACCGCGCUGCAAGCAAAGUCCUGACCUUGUCAGUGGAGGAUCAAGCUCGGUUUGUGCUGGCUACCCUGGAAGCAGCAGAUGGCGAAGCAGACGAGAAUGUGCAAAACGUGCUGGAAUUUUGGACAUCAAACCUCAGGGUGGGCAGCCGCACAGUGUACAUCAGCGACAGCGAGGGCUCGGAGUACCCUGCCAGCACAACGGGGAAUGCCCUUGCACUCUUGGCUUUUGCCCGUGGCGCACCUGACACCCCCCAACUGGACAGGCUGGCCAAUUUUGUGGGCAGUGCUCCUGCAGGAGUCCGUGGCUUUGGGGGUUUCGAUGCCCUGGAGAAGGCGUUUGCAUUGUGGGCAAUUGGUGACUAUGACCUCAAGGCUGGGAGUGCUACUCCAGAGGUCACCUUGGUUGUCAAGACUGGGAAAAAUGUGCUGUUGAAUGAAUCGUUCGGUUCAGCAGCGCUGCGAACAGUCAAGGAGUCUGUGUCAUGGGAAGAGCUGAAAAAGAACCCAGAGCCGCUUGAAUUUCAGGUUUCUGGUGCCGGCGAGGUGACUCUGGCUGUGACGUUAAUGUUUGUGCCACGCAGACCCAUCGAUUUCCCGACAUUCCAGGGCAUACUGGUUGAACAGAGCAUACAAAUGACGGAUAGCAAUUCAGGCAACGCCAGCAGUCCUCCCCUUUCGAAGAUUCCCCUGGGCUCUGUGGUCGCUGUGACAUUGCAAGUCACCAACCCCGAUCUGCUGGGUGGCACCAUGCUGCGUGCCCUCAUGCCUGGCGGCUUGGAGCCCAUUGAUCCCGCCUCUGAAAGCUUCAUAUGCCCACUGCUGUCAGAAGAGUUUCCAUUUGCAGUUUUCAGCUGUGCAGUCCAAGAGACACGGCCAGAUGUCGUGACCUUCCAGUACAACGAAUUGGCCCCAGGCACACAGGCGGUCACGUUCCGCGCUGUGGCAGCUACUGUGGGCACAUUUUCUCUGCCACCCGUUAGGGCCUUUGUGAUCGACCAGCCGGAGGUCAUGGGCAUGAGUGCUGCAGGAAGCAUUGAAAUUUGUUCUGGCGAAAAUUGCGAAGCGGAGGUGCAAAUUGCCAACAUGGGGCAGAUGAAGGCCUGUCCGAAUGAUUGCAGUGGACUUGGCCUCUGCAACCUGGAGAAAGGGAAAUGUUUGUGCUUUGAUGGCUACAGUGGAGAGGCGUGCGAAGAUUUUGUGGUCACUUGA